CCGCUUCUUUCUCCGCUGUUAUUGCACGCCGUUGAGCCUUCUUCCUUCAGCCUCUUGAAGGCUGUGGACGGCUCCUCCAUCUCCCCCUUUGGUCUCCCAACAUGGUGUGGCUUAGCCGAGUCCUAUUAAGGAAGUAUGGCAGAUUUAUGGAUGACCUAAGGAUCUAUGUAAAAGGAGGAACUGGUGGAAUGGGCCAUCCACGUUUAGGAGGAGAAGGAGGAGCUGGUGGUGAUGUCUGGCUGGUAGCCCAAGAAAAAGUUACCUUGAAGAGAAUGAAAAGUCAGUAUCCUAGGAAACGGUUUAUGGCAGGAUCAGGAGCCAACAGUAGUAUUGCUGCUCUGAAAGGUGCAAAAGGAAAAGACUGUGAGGUAAAUGUGCCUCCAGGAAUAUCAGUCGUUCUAGAUAAUGGAAAACAGUUAGGUGAACUUAACAAACCAGGAGACAAAUUAUUGGUGGCAUCUGGCGGCUUCGGUGGCUCUGCAGUUACGAAUUUCUUGCCCUGCAAAGGUCAAGCAUACAAUGUUCAUCUUGAUUUGAAACUUAUAGCUGAUGUCGGCUUAGUUGGGUUUCCAAAUGCAGGAAAGUCCUCUUUACUAGCAAGGAUUUCUCGAGCUACGCCUGAAGUUGCAGAUUAUCCCUUCACAACUAUAAAACCUGAACUAGGGACAGUGGUGUAUGCUGAUCACAAACAGAUCACAGUCGCUGAUCUCCCGGGUUUGAUUGAAGGUGCCCAUGCAAAUAAAGGAAGAGGACACAAGUUCCUGAAGCAUGUGGAAAGAACAAAGCAGCUUCUCUUUGUUGUUGAUAUAUCUGGCUUCCAGCUUUCUCCUAAUUCACCAUUCAGAACAGCAUUUGAAACGAUACUACUGCUAGCAAAAGAGUUGGAAUUGUAUAAGGAAGAACUUCGAGCCAAACCUGCCCUUCUAGUUGUCAAUAAAAUGGAUUUGCCGGACGCCCAAAGGAAUGUUAAUGAGCUUAUGGAGCAAUUACAGAAUCCUCAGGAUCAUAUGCAUUCAUUCCCCAAAGAUAUGAUUCCGGCAGACGUAGUAAGCUUCAGGGAAAUCAUUCCUGUAUCUGCACAUACUGGUGAAGGAACUGAAGAAGUAUUUUCGUGCUUACGCAAAGUACUGGAUGAAGAGGCUGAGAAGAAUAUUGAACAAUAUCAGAGGAAACAACUUCGUGCAUUACAGCUCUCACAAACAUAGAUGUUCCUUACAAUCAGAAUCUGUUGUAUGAUGAUUAGGUGAUCCAUUGUUGCUGGCCUCUGAAUGAAUACUGAUUUUUUAUAUUUCCUUGCCUUAAUUUAGUCUCUGAGGCCGCUCUCAAGUGUACUGUUCCCCAGGCAUUUUAAAAGCAAAAGUUAAGUGAAUUAUCAUAUUGUGUUCCAUUUUUUUGUACGAUACAAAAUGCACAAUGUACUAAUUGAAUCACUUUGGGUUAGCAAGAGCAAGUCAGCUUAUCAAGCUACAAAGGAGUCCCUGCCAGGCAGCUUACAGAAUAAUUUUAGUAAGAUGUAAAUGAAUACAGGAAUAAUGAAUACAUCAUUAUAUGUAAAUAUAUUUCUCUUUCUGUU